GAAGUUCGAAUAGAGAAAUUGACCGGAUUAGCUACCGUGGAUUUACAAUGUUUCGGAUGAAUACAACUACUCUUAUAAACACUCUAAGGGCACCUCUAAGCAAGGUGAGGAACAAAAGAAAAAGUAUAAAACAUGAAGCUCGUUGGAAUUCCAUCCCAAAUCAUGUCAUAUCCGCAGGAAGUUCGAAUAGAGAAAUUGACCGGAUUAGCUACCGUGGAUUUACAAUGUUUCAGAUGAAUACAACUACUCUUAUAAACACUCUAAGGGCACCUCUAAGCAACUGGGAUUCGAACCCAGAUCGUCUCGUAUCCACGUCUGGACAGAGAAAUGUACCAGAUGAGCUACUACGGAUUUACAACAACAUGAAUGCAUGA